AUGACAUCUGUACCGAUCCAUCCCUCUACCAAUGGCGAAAAUGGUGUCAAGGAAGGGGUAAAGAAGCAAAUUCUCUUGAACGCCUUUGACAUGUCUACCGUUGGACAUCUGUCGCCUGGUCAAUGGAAGGUUGAUGCGAUACAGAACCCUGAAGACAAGUCUGCAACGAAGCGCGACCUGAACUACUGGAUCGAUCUUGCGAAGCUGUUGGAGAGGGGUGGCAUCAACGCCCUUUUCCUCGCAGACACCUAUGGUGGAUAUGACACAUACGAGGGCAGUCUGGACAACUGCAUUCGACGCGCAGCACAAUGGCCAAUGACAGAUCCUACAAUCCCCAUCAGUGCCAUGGCUGCAGUGACGAAGAACCUUUCAUUCGCCAUCACAGCAUCUACGUCCUUCGAGCCCCCGUUUUUGCUAGCCAAACGAUUUUCAACGUUGGAUCAUUUCACGAGAGGGCGAAUUGGUUGGAACAUAGUGACGUCGUGGAAGAAGGCUGCGUUCAAGGCCAUUGGAUUGGACAGCCCAAUUCCUCACGAUGAGAGAUAUGCGCAGGCAGAUGAGUACCUGAGAGUUCUUUACAAGCUCUGGGAAGGCUCAUGGGCGGACGACGCCAUUUCCCCUGAUCCGGAAAACGAUAGCUACGCUGACCCAGACAAGAUCCGGACGAUCCAUCACCACGGAAAGUUCUUCGACCUUGAUACACGCCACAUCGUCGACCCUUCCCCUCAACGAACCCCUUUCCUCUUUCAGGCUGGAACAUCAGCUGCUGGGUCUGCUUUUGCCGCAACACAUGCUGAGGGCAUCUUUGUUUCUUCUCACUCACCAAAGCUUCUAAGACCUAAAGUGAAGGAUAUUAGAGAUCGAGCCGCCUCGCUCGGCCGAGACCCCCAAUCAGUCAAAUUCUUUGCGACUUUCACACCCAUUGUUGGAAGGACUGACGAGGAGGCCAAGGCAAAGCAUGAAGAACUCAAGAAAUACGCAUCUGUUGUCGGUGGCCUUGUCCUCGUCAGUGGAUGGACCGGCAUCGACCUAUCUAAGAUUCCCGUCGACCAAGAGGUCACAGCAGCCGACUCCCUCGAAGCCCAUAAAGUGCGCAGUAUCCUUGACGCAUUCACAACGACGAGCGAGCAUGUACCGCAGUGGACACCCCGAGUCAUUGCCGAGAGGGCGGCGAUCGGUGGCCUCGGCCCCGUUUCGGUCGGAAGCCCGCAAACGGUGGCGGAUGAAAUGGAGUAUUGGAUCCGGGAAGGAGACUUGGACGGUUUCAACAUUGGAUAUGUAACAACGCCUGGUACUUUUGAGGACGUCGUUGAUCUUCUCAUCCCUGAGCUGAGACGCCGUGGCCUCUACCCAGAGGCUCCAGCGGAAGAUGUGCAAUUGACAGCGAGAGAGAAGGUUUACGGCAAGGGGCAGAAGGGAUUAAGAAGUGAUCACACGGGAUCUAGUUACAAGUAUGACGUCUAUAAAGAGGACGGGGCUUCUGAGGAGUCGAAGGACAGCCCACUUAAAGCAUAA